AUGCCUAUCAACUACACCGCUGUAUCCUAUUCAGGAACCCUCGGGGCUCCCGCUGAUCCCCUACGUACAAUUGGUCUUUACAAACAUUCUUCUGCCUCAGAAUACCCACCCUUCUGGUUUAUCUUUAUCCAUGGUGGAGCCUGGAGAGACCCCCGCAUUAACCACACAGAUGGCCUCCCCCUAAUAUCGGCCCUUCUUGAAAAAUACCCAAAGUCCCUUGCCUGCGCUUCUAUAGAUUACACCCUUGCAAAGCCUUUGGAUGGAUCAAACGGUAGAGGUGCCCAACAUCCUGACUUUACUCUCGACACUCUUGCAGCCCUCACAUACCUGCGCACUCACCACCGUGUCGACCAGUUUGCCAUCUCAGGCCACUCAGCUGGUGCAUUCAUGUCACUCCAAAUUUUCAUUGAACCUAAAGUUUUGCUUAACCCUGUUUAUAAAUCUGUUUCUCUUUAUACUACUCUUUUUGACCAAAAUAUCACUACCACUAAACUUCUAAAUGAUUUAGAAGAAACAACAAACUUUGCCCGUGAAAAAUGUGCUGCCGUAUUUGGCAUUUCUGGCAUUUAUUCUCUUCCUCUUCUUCCCAUUGAAGAUGCAUCGUACACUGGCUUUACUGAGGAGGCCUUUGGUACAGAUCAAGCUCUUUGGGAAAUUUCCUCUGUUGUCCCCUACAUUAAAGAUCACGUUGCUCCAUUCCCCUCUAGUAACGCCUUCAAACUCAUUAUCAUUUAUUCAAAAUCUGAUGAGCUUCUUAACCCCAAGUUCCAGCCUGUUAAAGGCCCAGAACUAUACAUACCUAUUUUGGGCGAAAAAAAUGUCAUUGUGGAAGAAACUUCUGGACUACAUGAUGAGUCUUACAAAGUCCAAAGAACUGCUGACAUUGUGGAUAAGUACCUUGCAGAAUACUUUUAA